AUGGAAGCUAUCGCAAAGGUCUGCAGCGACACAAACCCCCCCGCGACCGAAUCCGGGGGAGAGCGGGACCCGGGCGCGAUCCAGACCCCCGCCGGGAGCGGUCCGGCUGAAAACGGGACCACGCGGGAACCGGGCACGCCCCGUUCCUGCCCGUGCCCGAGCCCGGACCCCCCGGGAGACCCCCCUAUCCCCCCGCGGGACCCGCCGGGUCCAGGACCCCCCUUGGAACCCUCCGAAACACCCGCGGUUUUUCCGCCCGCGCUCCCGCCGCCGCCGUCGCUGCCGCCGCCACCCCCCCGCCACUGCCCCACGUCCUCCGUCCCGCUCCCGGUGCCCGGUAUCGCUCCGGGACCGAUCGGCGCCGCCGCGGCAGCCCUGCAGCUGCCGCCGCCGCCGCCGCCCUUUGCACCCCCCGCACCCUCCGCCCCGUACCCGGUGCCCGCUACCGCGCCGGGGCCGUCCGGCGCCGGCUCGGGCGUCCCGCUCCCGCCGCUGCCGCCCAGCACACAGGGCGCCGAGCAGAUGCAGGCGGCGGAGCUGCGCGCGCGAUCCUUUUGGGGCGAUCUAGCCAGAGCCGCCCGCGCCGCGGACAAGGCAGCUGCCGAGAGCACGAGUCCGGCAGAGCUGCCGCUGCCGCCAUGUUGGUUCCAAGAUGGCGCGGACGGGCUCGGGGAGGGGCGGGGCCAACGUAGCCACGGCGGGAAAAGCUCGGAGACCACGGGAGACGCGGAUGCGCAGGCGCGGGGGGGCGGAGGGGGCAGGGUCUCGCCUGGGAGUCGGAUCCGAUAUCGCCUCCGUAUAAAGGGAGAGAUCCUCCCCUGCGGGAGGCGGGGCAAGCCCAGGGGGCGGGAGCGGCACCGCCUCCGAGGGGAGGAGCGGGGUCGGAGCAGAACAAAACGGCAGGGGGAGCCGGAAGCUCACAACCAGUUCACUUCCGAUUCUGAAGAGAGUAACAGCUCCGGUUCUACAGACCGCUCCGGGUUUAGCAGCGAUCCAGAGCCGGAAACAAUAAAAUCAAUGCGGUUUCGGGCGAAACCGAAGUUACAGGCGCCCAAGGUAAUCAACAACGAGUAUAUUCGCCUGUAA